ACACUGUCGUUUUAGUCUAUAUUAAUAUCUAUCCGACCAAACUCUGUUUUCGCAUUUCUCUUUCCGACAUGCAGAGUAAUUUACAUUCAAAAUGUUGUAGAGAAAGAGAAAAUGGAUCAGCCUCAUGUAUAUUUUGUUUGAUGUUUGUGUCAUUUGAAGUUUAUUUAAUACAAGAUUUGGACUAGUCUCUUUGCUCAGAAUUAGACAAAAAGAAAUUCUGUUUGCAAUACUCUCCUUAAAAGUAUUCAUAACCUUCUCUGCAAACAAAAACUUUCUUCUCAAUCUUAAUUAGUUACAAAUGACGAGAUACUUGCGUACCAAGAAAUGAUCCUUUGCUCCAGAGUGAAUGAAUCUGAAUUCAAACAUCAAUUUAUAUAUAUUAAAAUCUCACCUUAAAGUCUGAAAUUUGAUAUGUUCUUUGGUAAAUCAGACAGCAAUAUCUGAUCAGAUCAAAUAUUGUUACGUUGUUUUCUCUUUGUACAUGUGAAGAUGGAAGUGAUACUGUAAUCUUCAUUAACUACCCUCUCAAAAGUAAAGAACAAUAUUUAUUUUAACACUAAGUAGCCCAAGUGCAGAGUACUAUGACGUUUCAGUGUAAUUAAAUUGCUAAUCAUUGAGAGCCUAAAGAAGGGACAAUGUUCAACGGAUCAAUUAGUGAAGAUUUACAAAGGACAAGUGGUCAACAUUGUGGUAAUACUCUAUUCAUUUUUAUAACUCCCCUUAAAUCAUUUGUCAAAAUUAAAAUUCCUUUGUUUUGUUUAUUUCUUCUCUCUUUUGUUUAUUACACCUGGUGUCUCCUUGUCUCCUAUUAAGAUAAUAGUAAGUCUACGUAGAUAUAUACACAUAUGAGUAGGAAAUGAAUCGUUCCACGACCUUACUGAACAAGAUUCUCUUACUACUCUUAUUGUUUUAAAAAAACCCUAGAUUCUUAGCUUUCUUCUUUGUGUCAAUAUUUUUUUGAUAUAAAUAUCUCAUUGGAAAACGUUUCUCUGUGCUGUCGUGUUUUUUCCUGAUGCAACAGACUUUUGAGUUUGCCAGCGAUGAUGUAGGACGCAAGAAGAGACAAGAUAAUCAUAAUAAUCAAGAGAGCUUGACGUUGCUGGCUUCAUGACCGCAUAGAGAUUAUUAAAUUAAUCAAAAGGAGAUAAUUAUGCAAAUUCUAAUUUUAUUAUAAGGUUUUAACACAUGCCCAUUUGCUCUUACAUUAAAUUCUUAUAAAAGGUUCUUUUAGAUUUAUCUGUUGAAUUUUCAUAUGUUAUAUAUAUGUUUGGAGUCUCUAAACCUUCACACACCAAAACUUGUUUUAAACUUUCAUCUUCUUUUGAAGCCAAAACAAGAUGGCAGCAUCAACUUCCUAUGCAAAGACUAGGUCUAUUAGUUUGCCUACAAGACUAAUCCAUCCAAAAGCAAAGAGAGUUGAAGAAGAGGUGAAAAAUAUUCAAGCUCUAAACUCUUCCUCAUCAGCUUCUUCUCGAAUCCAACUUGCCCGGCUAGUCGAGCUCUACGACUUUGUUAAUCAACAAGUCAUUAGUUCUCCUCAAGGCCAACAAGCUCUUUGCCUUUCUCACAACGCAAAACUUGUUGAAGAAUCUCUUGAUGAGUCCAUCUUGUUACUCGAUGUGUCUGACUUCACAAGAGACUUGAUAGGAACAUUCUUGGAGCGAAUCCAAGAUCUUCAAUCCACUCUACGUAGACGUGGAGGAGUUAUCUCGAUGAUUCAGUCAGAGAUCCAAGCUUUCAUUAGCUUUCAGAAGAAGUUCAAGAACUCAGCGAGUAGACAACUUAAAUCCCUUGCAAGAACACAAGCAAAGAGAAAGUGUCCGUUGAUCAAACAGUCCAAAACUCUUGAUCAACAUGUUUCUAUGGUGUCCAACAUUCUAAGGCAAUCAAACACAUCGACGAUCUCUAUCUUCAAGUCUCUCUUGCAGUUUCUUUCUUCUUCGGGUGAGAACCAGAAGAAGAAUGGUGAAGUUGGAUGCGUAGAUAACUCAAUGAUCCGUUCUUUGUAUGGAAGAAUCAUCGGUAAGAAGACUGCAAAAGUCAUUGAUGUGAAAAUGAUGCUGGGGAGAUUAGCUAUGCUUAGUGUGAGCCUUGAAGCAAUUAUGGAUGAGUUAAGUUACUUGUCAAGACGACUUAUUCAACAUAGAGCGUCUCUUUUGAACAUUGUUACUCAAUAAAACAAUGAUAAAAGAGUUUGUAUAUUUUGUGUAAAAAGAACAAGUUUUGUAGAGAUGGAAUUAUUAUAGAAAAGAGUUAACCGCAUUUUCCUAAAAGUUUUGUGUAGAGUUACACGUUAAUUUAAAUCUUAGCAAACAAGAUAAACAAAAGAAUAAUAAUAAAAUAAAACUGGAGCAUGUGUAUAUAUUUCUAAACCUACAUAUGUGGUGCA